GAACUUCAAGAUGAUGAAAGAUCAAUACGAGCAUUUAAAAAUAGAUCGAAUUUUGGACCGCAUUAUCUCGCGAAAUCACGUUCAACAACUUCUUUGAGAUCGUCAUAUUAUACACAACCAUCUCUUUUUUCACCUAUAGUAACAUCCUCUCUAGCAGCAAACUCGUUUCUUCGUGACGCGGGAGAACGAUCGCCAACUGAUGUGGUGGAAGAUAUAUUUUCCAACGCAAAUAUAUAUGUGCAGGCACCUAAUAGUGAUAGUGAGGACGACGACGAUAAAAAAGAGCAGAAAGAGUGA